GACCGCCAAAAUGCCGACCCUGUGCGCCGUGUGCCAAGAACCUUCAAACACCCGCUGCAGCGCGUGCAGCGAGGUCGCCUUCUGCUCUCGCCGCUGCUCGACCCUGCUCUGGCCGUCGCACAAAGCCAUGUGCGGCCGCGACCUCAACCUCUUCUACCUGCCGCCGCUCUCGACCUCCGAGUUCAAGAAGCUGCGCGCCAUCAAGGACAAGCCGUACGGCGCGAGCGGGCAGAGCCUCGUGUACGAGGUGCUCGAGGAGGGGCGAGGCGGUAGCCCGGACCGCGUCAUCGAGGCCUUCUGGUUCGCCGUCACCAUGUCCGCCGACUCGGACGCGACGGUCGAGGACAUCCGCGUCGCCUCGCUCCUCCUCGCCUACGAGUACCUCCACCGCGCCAAGCAGGAGGACAAGCCCGCCGACCUUGCCGCGCCCGCGCUCUCGUGCUGGGAGGCCUUUGCGCCGUCGGCGAGCUCGUUCCGCCUGAAGUACCUCGACACCCUCGAGCAGCUCGACGGCCAAUCGGCAGCGCAAGCCGACGCCGCCAACCGAGGUCCGCUCGUCGUCCUCAACGGCGUCCUGCGCCAAGAGCUCGUCCACGCGACGCUCUGCGCCCACGUCAUGCAGCCCAAGCCGAUCCUCACUAUCCCCGAGCUUCGACCCCUCUUGCGCAAGGGCUACGAGCGCCUGCUCGAGGCCGUCGACGCGGCCGACAUGUCGCCGGCGACCAAGAAGGCGAUGCGCGAGUUCUCCAACACGCAGUCGCUCGCGCAGGCGAUGCAGGGCUGAGGAGCGGGCGUCCUGGACGG